AAACAGAAAAUUUUUACACGAGAAAAAUGCUAAUCGAAAUUAAUUUUUUAGAGAAAUUUCUUCAACUUUAAUUACUUUUCAACAAAUAUCAGACAGACUCAAUUCUUUGAAUGAUUUUCGUUUAUUAAAUAUAAGCACAUUGGCAAUUUUAACAAAUGCUUAUGAAAAUAUGAAUCCAUUCUAUAAUAGUUAUCAAGAUACUUUAAUACAUAUAAAAGAUUAUUCAUCUAUAGAAAAUCAUAUAUAUACAUUAUUAAAAACUCUUUGUAGUUAUUUUAAUUUACCGAUAUCUUUAAAUGACCUAUCGAUAGAGAUUAAACAAACUUUAAAUGAGAAAAUUCAAGUAUUAUUUGAUUGUUUUCUUCGAUCGAAUUGUUCUAAUCUAAUAUUGGAAACAAAUGAAACAAGUAUAUUUUACUUUAAAGAAGUUUUAAAUAAUAUGAAAGAAAAAUUUUCAUUUUUACAACCUAUUUUACAUCAAUCAGAUGUUAAAAAAUAUAUAAAUAAUCAUUUUUUUGAUGCAUCAUCUUAUAUUCAUGAUAUAUUAUUAAAUUGGAUCGCGAUGCGUAUGACUAAUACGAGUAAAAUUCUAUGUAAUGAAAUAGGCGAUGUUUUUCAAUUUAAAAUCUAUCAAAAAUCAACAGAAACAUGUUUAUAUGGUUCAGUUAAUUCAAUUAAUUUAAUAAGAAAUAUUGAUGAAUCAAUUGAUGAUCGAAUUAUUUUUACAUCAAAUUAUGAUGAACCUGAAUUACUUGUCUAUAUGAUAGACGAAACUAAAAAAGACAUUGUUAUGCUUAUAUGUGGUAUUAUACUUUUCAUAUGUGGAUUUAUUCUAACAUAUUUUCUUAAAAAUUUAUUAUCUGUUAUAUUAAACAAAGAAGAAAAUUUUUGA